GUGGUCGUUACAGCCACGCCAGCUCGUUACUUUGAAAGGCCAACAAGAUCGGCGCGAUCCAACUCCGUUAGCCGCGGCCUCGCGUCGUCUCGUAGUCUUUAUAAAGCGAUCUCUGGCUCGCACUCCAUCUUCAAAGCGCAUCACUCCACUGCUCCAUCCACCCGUCUCUGUUCGCUCUCCUAGCUUGUUCGGCGUUGCUGAGAAUAAUUGAAUCGUUGCACUUGCAGGAGGGACUACAACAACUUGUCCAUGAACUGCACACCGUGGGAGGAUCCACUAAGCUUGUCCGCGCACUGUUGUUGCUGCUGUGCUUUGCUGUUGGUGGGCAAUGUAAGUGACUCAACUUGACACAACAUAUUUUCUUCUCGAUAUUUUCCUUAAUUUUAGGCAUGCUAUAUAUACAAUGUUUUCGUCGGUACAUAUUACACAAAAAAUACUAUUAACCAUGGAAGGAAAUUAAGAAAAAUAAGUUGUGUGUAUCUUAUUUGUAAUUAACCAUCAUAUUACAAUAGAAGGGUAUUAUUACCCGCCAAAUGCAACAAAUAUAUUGUUCUUCUCGUGCCCUUCCUUCCUUUGGUUCUUCACGUGUGUUUUUUCUCACCUUGCCACUUAGUCUUGAAUAUUAAUGGUAUACUCCCUUCGUCCGUGAAUAAGUGUACAUCUAACUUUUGUCCUAAGUCAAAAAUUUAAAAUUUUGACCAACUUUAUAGAAAAGAGUAGUAGCAUAUAUGACAUCAAAUUGAUAUAUUAUGAAAGUACAUUUCAAGACGAAUCUAGAGAUACUAAUUUAGUGUUAUAAAUGUUGUUACAUUUCCCUAUAAAGUUGGUCAAAGUUUUAAAACUUUGACUUAGGACAAAACCUAGAUGUGCACUUAUUCGUGAACGGAGGGAGUAUAUCAAUAUUAUUACAGGUGAUCAUCCUGGGUGCUACAGGAGUAGCACUUUCCCACCGUGCAACCCCGACGAAAACAGGUGUUACUGCUGUUUGUAUAACUGGACUUGUUACAAGUCGUUUGCGGAAUGCGGACCUGCUUGCCAUCCUCCCCCCUCUUCCUCCUCUGUAGAUCCAUAGAACUAGAUUCUUGUAGCCAAUUGGAAAGAUGGAUGAAUAAGACAAUAAAUUGUUAAGCAAAUUGUGUUCAUGUGCUAUGUAUUGUGUUGUGUCUGUCCUCCCUCUACUAGAUUAUAGAAUCUGAGCAUGCGGCUUGUGUGUGCCUCCCAAUACCGUGCACCAGCAUGCGUGUUUGCUCGUUGUCCAGUGCCCUAUGUGCUCAAUAGGAGGUCCCGUUCUUCUUGGCCCAAAUUUCCAUGGUGUUGUGUGUGUCGCUGUUGGGUUUGUGAGCGCGUCGACUCGCCUGCCUCGUUUCUCAAUCGUCUCCUGCCAUCGUCGCACGUGUGCUCACGUCUCGUCUACCCCGCCAGCCCCGCUCUAUCUGCCACCGGCAGGCAUAGGGGCCUGCCAAGAGGAGGCAUGCGACACGAGGAAAGGACACCUUCGGCUUGGUGGAACCGGACCUGCCCAACAUUUGUUUCGACGGGUGCACCUCUCCUCUGCCAGCCUCUAAGGCCGCGACGACGAGCAUGUCACUUUUGCAAUGAGCAGUACACAACAUGAAGAAACAGUGACAUCAAAAAUAUAAAAGUACUGCAAAUAUGGAUUGUGAUCAUGCAAAGUGUAACAAAACAUCUGUAUGCGGAAUUAGAGUAGAAAACGAUAGUCGACUAGUCCGGAGCCACCCAAGAGUGCUAUCUUCCUCCUUUAAUAGACGUACCAUUUCAUAACUCUAUAUGUUGGAAGUGUAGAGCAGCUGAAUGAUGUUGAGAGGAUUCCGAGCAAAAGGAUCACACAUACUGCGGUAUACGACACGUGCACCCGCCUGUCGGGCACCAUCUUCAUGUCCGCACGAGGGCAAUGGCAGCUGGGGCAGGCUAAGCAGUGGCCAAUGGAAGCGCCGAUGGCAGGAACGAAGACAUGAACGCAUGAGCACGUGCAAAAACGAUUCCAUGCAUGCAUUUGCAUGCCACUUGUCGAUCGCUCAACGGUGAGACGUCUCUCUCGUCGUCAUUACACUCAGUGAGUGGAGUGAGUUACAUGCACAGUAGCUAGUGAUGGCCUUUAGUCUUCGGUCACAGUAGAGUGUACGUAUCGACUGAAACGGCGGGCAAAAGCUAGCUAGCCUCUGGCGUGGUUGCUUUGCUUUCACUAGCUAGCUAGACGUACGAUGCGAAUCUGAGCAGUGCAUGCCAGGGCAUCAACGCACAAACAUGAAAUCACUUUGUAUCACUAGCUAGUUUCUCGUUUAUUUUCUCCGUAAAUUUGUUCACAUAAACAACCAAGCGGACACACUGUUUGCAAAAGAGAUGUUGCCGGUAUGCCCACCCCGGAUGCCCGCUGCAUGCAUGAUGAAUCUCACAUGAUCGACACAGCACACUCUCUUCCACGUGCCAUCGCUCCUGUCAUGCUAUGCAAGUAGAGUAGCACUUACCCUUUCCUUUUUCAAGCAGUCACAACUUACAUGCUACUUGCAUUAUCUCUAAAUUUUUUUCAUGUUCUUAUCCUUUGUUCUCUUUCCGAGAUCUGCAACUUUUCACAUGCAAUUUGUGCAUUCCUUAGGACUUUGUUGAUAUACUUUACAUGCAAAUUGCACUCCACAUAUUGGCAUGUUGGUCCUGCUACUCCAAUUAACCCAGUUGGUUAGCAUGCAUCGCAUGUGUGCCACCAAAAUUUAAUUGAAUUGGAUGCUACCACUAGUUGACAUGAUUCCUAAAGAUGCGUGUACAUGAUUUCGAGGGAGUUAGUAGUCUGUAAAUUGAGCGUAAUGGAUUAGAUGGUCAUGCCAAGAACCGAGUCAAAUAAUGUUGUAGGGCAUCAUCACCUUGACCAUUGCUAACUUCAUCAUCUGUAGCAGGACAAUUAAUUGAGAUCCAAAGCACCAGGAGGACACUUCAGGUCCAUGCCUGAAAAGCCAACAUAAACAUCAUUUUUCUCCUUUUUUGUUCCCUCCUUUUCUUUCAACUGCGGUUUCCAGUAGAUGGCGAAAACAGCAAUACUUACAACUGUGCGAUAACUUUUUGGUAAACACAAAAACACCCCCAAGGACAUCGAUCAACUUUGUGUUACUGAGCAUCUACAUCCUCUCUUUUUCCCCUGUUGUUCAUGCUCUUGUACAUGUGAAAGAAACAUGGCAGCUUUCUUUCAAAGAUGAGCCUAAUCAGUUUUUGUUACUGGCUUCUCUAUCUUCUUUUCUUUCUUUUGUUCAUGUACAUGUGAAACCGAACGCCUCUGUUUUCCCAGACUAAUCAUGGAAGAAUCUGGACUGAAGUUUCAUCCUAUUUUCUCAUGCAUGGAGUACAGUUGUAUUUGCCUUUUGGGUAGUCUCCUAAACUGAGGGGGAAACAACUAGAGCUCUUUUUACAGUGGAGUGGAGUCUCAAAAAAGAUAGAAAAAGGCCCUUCAUUUGUGUUCUAUCUACAUCGGUAGACAACCAAAACCGUGUGGAUUCCUGAUACUCCGUAGUGGUUGUGCCGAUCUACGCGAUAUUGUAGCUGUACAAGCAGCAUAUGCAUCAAGUUUUGUGAAGGCGCUAAGCAACACUAGCUAGGUGCCAAUAUGUCUUAUUUUUUUCUUAUGUCAGACUGUCUGAGAUUGGCUGUGUUCAUCUUAGCUAUGCAGAGGCCACAUGUUACUCUUAUGGUUUGUAUUAGCUUGAUGCUACAUUUUGAGUUAAUAAAAUCAUCCUUUAUCGAAAAAAGGUUCCAUCAUUACUUGAAGACUCACUGCACUAAUUUUUUCAAGCACAAUUGAGCUAGGUAGAUAGAUUUCUAAUUCUUCUUAAUCUCCUCCCUCCCCAGAUAGAUUACUUCUAAGGAGUACAAUUGCAUUGUUCUAUCCAUUCGAUGGAUUCGGCAUCUCAAUCUUUAGUAAUCCAUUGAUAUGCUUAAUACUGGCUAGAAUGCUCUCACAGCUUCAACAACACAGAUUGCUUCGUAUGUAGUCACUUGUUGAAAUGCCUAGAAAGACAAGUAUUUAGGAACGGAGGGAGUAGAAUGGAACACAUGCUUUCUCGUGGUUUCUAGAAUGAAAAAAUUUAGUAGGCCUUGUCCGCACCUGCAUUGCGUUAAAGCCUCAACACCCGAAAAGGAGGAGCAGCCCCAAGUGGAGGGAAAAGCCGGGGUUCCUCUGACCGUCCACAGUGAAAGAUAAUAGAGUCCAACGAUUUAGCCGUGCCUCGAUCCUUUAUAAAGUGCUCUUGCUCGGGCUGCACAGGGCAUCACACCACCACAUCACUCUGUUCCCUAGCUUCUCUCGUGCUUGUGAUGGUGUGAACCAUAGGUGGCCUUCCCAAGCUGCUCCUCUCUCAUCUCUACAGCCAGCAAGCCCGAAGCAGCAGCCAGCAGGAGUCCCUCGUCGGUCGACCUGAUCUCCGCCAUCAUCGCAAGCUCUCGUUACCUGCCUCAUAGCAUACAGUCGCUGAAUCAAGGUGACCUCUCAUAGUCUCGUGUUUCUUUUUGAGGAUGAAUUGAUGGUUCUUUGCAUUGGCCCGUUCUUCUUUACUCUUUCUCUUUUAUUGUUUAGCUAUGUGCAAAGAUGCUUUUCCGGAUUAUGUAGCAGCCUGGAAGCCUUCCAUUUCCAGACAUUAGUGUUUGCUACACUAGCUUACAGAACCCAGCCCUUAACUACCGAACCCAGUGUGGACCAUGAAGCACGAUCAUGGCGUACUCUGUAGUUGGGCUGACCACUUAAUCCAUAUGUUUAGAUCAAGUCUGCCCGUGCAAGUUCUUAAUUAGGUCCACGGAUGUUAGUUUGGUACAUUAGCACAGAACUCUAGAAUAGUAACGGGCUUUCUUUUAGCUUAAAUGGAAGAGGCUUUCUGAUGAUGCGUGGAAAAUAAUAGAUCGACUUACUUCUUAGUAAGCCUCGUAUGGUCGUCUUAAGGCUCGACAAAAUGACUCAUGUAACUUUUAAAUAAGUUUUUACCAAAAUGGUUACCAAUAAGAUGACAGGUAGAAAUAUUCUUGAAGGGGUGGUCGUCUUGCAUGAAACGCUCCAUGAGAUCCACUCAAAAAAACUAGAUGGUGUGGUUUUUAAAGUGGAUUUUGAAAAAGCAUACGAUAAAGUUAAAUGGCCUUUCCUUCAACAGGCAUUGCGUAUGAAAGGAUUUGACAAGGCCUGGCGAGACCAGAUUGAGUCCUUUACGCAAAAAGGGAGUGUAGGGAUUAAAGUGAAUGAUGAUAUAGGUCACUAUUUCCAGACACACAAAGGACUAAGGCAAGGAGAUCCCAUGUCACCGAUUCUAUUCAACAUAGUGGUUGAUAUGUUAUCUAUUUUAAUAGGUCGAGCUAAGGAUGCGGGGCAGGUUUCUGGCUUGGUUCCGCACCUAGUUGAUGGUGGUAUAUCCAUUUUGCAGUAUGCUGAUGACACUAUCAUCUUUAUGGAGCAUGACUUGGCGAAAGUUAUCUUUAGGGCCACAGCAUUGAUCCGUAUGUGGUCGCUACUCACACCGACGGAGGCCAGGGGGCGUUUGGCUACUGCGUCUACCCGAUGGGAGAUGGUAGCUCGGGUUAUUUUCAACCGGUUUGGAUGGCGGUCAUGUAAUAGGAUAGGCAUAUAGUGCUCCUAUUUUAUUUGCCAGCCGGUUGUGGCUCUAUGUUUAGGCUCGCUUGAGCAACCUUUUUUCUUUUCUAACUUUCAGAUUUUGGAGACCUUGUGACUGGUUUUGAUUCGUUAAUAAUAUGAGCCGUAUGCAUCUUUCUGAUGCAGAGGCUGGGGUCAUACCCCUUUUCUAAAAAAAAAACUUGCUAAGAUUUUAGUACACCAACAUAAUAAUAGGCAUGCAGUCACAUGCUAAUAUGCUAGAAUGUCUAUGUCCCCUUUGCAACAUGGACAAUUAUUUACUAGUAUAUAAUUAAUUUGAGAUUAUGAAGAGGGCGAUCCAAUUUGUAAUUAGUACAUAUUUUUUUUUGAUACUCAACUUAAUUUGGGGUUAUUAAUUUGUCGAAAAUAGUAUAUCUUGUAUGUAUAUCUUUUUUCAUCAAUAAGUUUGUACAAUACUAGAAGGAUGUCAUGCAUACCAUAGAGAAAAAUAUAAGGGUGUCACACAUUAAUUACCGAAGAUAUAUGGUAAUAAAAAGAGAAAGAUUUGUUUCUAUAUAUAUAUGAACCAUGGAUCAGAAGGCUGCAGGUCAACCGAAGACACAUCCUAUCAUUCUUGGAUCAGAUUAAAAUUGCGAUCGUGAUCGAUUGGCUGCAUCAUGGGAGACUGCACUAAGCGCGUUAACGCACUGUUGCUACUUCUUCUAGUAUGCUUCGCUAUUCAUGGGCAGUGUAAGUGGCACUCAUAUUUCCCUAUCGAUCGAUUAUUUAACUCUACUUUCGUUUAGUUUCUUUUAUUAGUUUUGAAUAUUGAUGGUUUAUUUGUCGUAAACUUUUAUAGUUGAAGUCAUCGGUGUCAAUGGCGAGCGUAUUCCUCCGUGGUGCACAAAGAGUGCAACUAUACCAAUCUGCAACCCGGAUAAAUAUAGAUGCUAUUGUUGUGUAGGCAAUUGGCAAUGCUACAAAACAAUGGACGAGUGUAGAGCCAAGUGUGCAUAUUUACCUCCCUCCUCUUCCUCUGUACUUCCAUGAAACCGGAUUCUUAUCAUGAGCUGGAAGAAAAAUGAAUAAGAUCCAGACAAUAAACAAUUUGCUAUGAACUUAUUUGGCAAUUAUUCUUUGCAGUUUUUGGUUUGGGAAUUCCAUGUUGUACUCCAUGCAACAUAAAUAUUGUUCUGUUAGAAAAUAUGCUAGAUCGAAAUUAAUUAACUGAGUAUAUUAGAACAUAAUUGCUAUUUCACAUCUAGAUGUAAUAUACUUAUCUCACAUCUAAGUGCAGUACCGUUCGAUGUGUUUCUGCUUGAUUUUUCGUGCGAGCUUCUGAUCCCCGUCCAGCUCUCGCACCCCGCGCUGGUGUGGCUCGCAUCGGCCCGUUUGUCGUCGUUGUUUCACGUUUUUUUGUUGUGGCCCAUUGUUAUACUUCGGCCUUGGGCCCGUUUCUGUUUGUUUGUCCGGAGUUGUUUCCCCAAAGGAGAUGCAGGGCGUUCUUCAGCCCGUUCCUCUUCUCACUCCAUUCCUCUCUCUCAUCCAUCUGCGAGCGACGGGAGCAUGAAGGAGAAGGUGGCCAGGUCGCUCUGGGAGAAGAGAUGGAAGGGCAGUGGGAUGAGAUCGGUAAGCUGCAGACUACUUUCCAUUGGUGGGGGCAAGUUUCUUCAAACACUGGAGAAUAUGUUCAACUAACAAAAGAGCUUCUCACCAGCUGUGAAAGCAUUGAGUGGCAGGUGGAUGAGUUGGAAAAGACAAUUUCAGUUGCAUCAAGGGAUCCAGCGUAUUAUGUACUCGAUGAAGUUGAACUCUCCAGACGACAGAACUGGACCGGCUCUGCUCGUAAUCAGAUUGGUACUGUAAAAAGAGCUGUUGAAAAGGGGAAGAGUAAUCCUGCAAUGGCAAGACAUCAGGACAAUGGCACAAGCAGAACUAACUACUAUUCUUCCCAAGACAAUGAUGACUAUAUUGCUUCAGAAUCAGAUAGAGAGCUUCUACUAAUGAGGCAGCAGGAUGAUGAACUCGAUGAGCUCAGUGCGAACGUUCAGAGGAUUGGAGGUGUAGGGCUUACCAUACACGAAGAACUAUGUGGACAGGAAAGGAUCCUCAACAACCUAAGCCUGGAGAUGGAAACUACUUCCAACAGGCUCGACAUUGUGCAGAAACGAGUGGCGAUGGUGAUGAAGAAGGCCGGCAUCAAAGGGCAAAUCAUGCUCAUCCUCUUCCUGGUGGUCCUCUUCAUCAUACUCUUCGUUCUAGUGUUUUUGACAUAGCAAUAUACCACUACUUGUAUGGACGCGGAUUUUUAGAGCUUAGGCUCAUGGACACAUUCUAUCCAUACCUUCAAUAUAGCUUUGAGAUCCGUGCUA